AUGAGAAAGAGGAAAAGAAAGAUUAUGUCAUAUGACACGGCAGUCUCCUCUACAUUUUUUCUUUUUUUUUUUUUGGAAGAGAGGCGAGGGAAAAAAUAUGUAAAAAGAAAAAUAGCAAUCAUAAGUUUUUUGAUUCUUUCAUUUCGUGUAUGUCAUUUGCCACGAAAAAGUGUAUGCCAUUAUCAUUAUUAUUAUUAUUAUUAUUAUUAUUUGUUGGUCGUUUUGACAAAAAGAGUGGUAUUUUAUUUUUUAUUUUUUUUUUUUAUUUUAUCCCCUCCUCUUCCCGCCCCCCAUUAUUACAAAAUAGAUAAGUUGUUAAAUAGGACAGUAAUGUUUGAUUUUCCGCAGUUAAUCCCGUGGCGUACGCUUUACCCACCCAUUACAGCAAUUAUAUAUAUAGAUUUGUUUAUAAAAGGUGAUUCUCUUUUCUCAUUUUUCCUUUCUUCUUUCUGA